UAAUCUACCGGCCGGACCGGUUCUUCUGUGGUCGAAGAAGAGCAGGCGGUGUCAGAACCCUAGGUGGUGUCGAUCGAAGCAGAGAAGCGGGUAUGAUGGACGAUCGGCGAUUUGGGAGCUCUUGCCGAUGUUUAUCGUGGGAUUAGCGGUAGAUUCCCUUUGGAAAUGGUUUUACCUUUACUAGCAGGAUUAGCAGUUGCUGCUGCUGCUCUUGCUGGUAGAUAUGGUGUCCAAGCUUGGCAGGCAUACAAGGCUCGGCCGGUAGUUCCUCGUAUGCGUAAGUUCUAUGAAGGGGGCUUCCAGCCUACUAUGACAAGAAGAGAAGCUGCCCUUAUUCUUGGUGUCAGGGAAAAUGCCCCUCCAGACAAAAUAAAAGAAGCACACAAAAAGGUUAUGGUUGCUAACCAUCCAGAUGCAGGAGGAAGUCAUUACCUUGCUUCCAAGAUUAACGAGGCAAAAGAUGUCCUGCUUGGAAAGACCAAAGGUGGUGGAUCUGCAUUUUGAUUUACCUGCACAACAUGUGAAAUCUCAUCAAUUGUGCAGCAUAUUUGGUCACACAAGAUCAUCCUCAAACUUACCAUCCCUAUGAUACUUUGUCUCAAUGUUAAAGAUUUAUCGCAAUUCGAGUCGAAGAUGCAGGAUAGUUGGUGCAAUGUCUCAUCAUUGUGUUGGGGACAUAGCGAUGCUAUAGAGCCCCAUUCAUAAUAUAUUUUUUUUUUCAAGCAUGCAACAUCGUUCUACAAUAAUUGAAGUAUGGAUCUUUUAUGACUUGAAAUCACCCAGGUGUUGCUUUCAUUUUUCAAUGAAACAAUGCAUUGCCGGCAGGUAUUAAGUGUCAGAUAACUCCAUAUAGUCAGUCAGUCAGUGUUUGAUAAAAAAUGGCUUUGCGAUGUCAAACUGGAUUUGUAUGAACGCCACUGAAGAUCUUUCUUGCAUUCAGUA